CGGCGCCGGGCGGGGCGGUCCGUGCAGGAGGAAGCGCAGGCGGCGGCGGAGCGGCCCCGCAGCCGGCCGGAGCCGAGCGGUCGGAGGUGGGAGAUGCCAGCUGGGCUACGCAUGCUGAAAAUGAGCAGGGAGAUGGAUCGUAGCGUCGGCCUGGAGAACCCCUACGCCAGUGUCAACAUCCCACAGGACCAGUUCCAGCAAAUCUUCCUCACUCGCUACCUGAACGAUGAGCCCACCAUCAUUGCCAAUCCUGCAGCCGUGUCCAGCUGCGGCGUGGAGGAGCAGGCGGACCCUGCUGGCAGCUCGAACAGCCCAACCAUUUCCACAGAGAAGUCCUGGUCUCGUCCCUACAACCCCUAUGCCAGCCUGAGGAUGCCCAACGGGGAAUCACCUGACUCCUUCUACACUGUCACCCUGGACAAGGGCCAGGACCAGAAGGCUGGUGGAGUAUGUGGCUGCUGCAAGUGCUGCCCCUGCUGCAGAAAGCGCUGCUGUGUUGUUUCCUAAGGGCCCUCACUGCACCCACGGGACAUGCUGACCGUGGGAUGGGGCCAGGUGCCCCCACAGGGAUGUGGCUGCCCGGCCUGGGCACCCUGGGGAGCUGCCCUGGUGCACGGCAGAGCUGGCAGCUGGGAGGUGAUACUGGCUGGACUCUGCUGUUGCUUUUCACCCGUGAGCUCUGCAGCCAGAUACACCGGUGAUGGGAACCUCCCAGGUCCUGAGAGCCCACUGUGGGGCAUGGAAGAGAAGGACAGGUCCCCCCUGCCCUGCUGAGGCCCAAGAGCCUUGAGGAUGAUGUGUGCCAAUGCAGAUACCGCCAAGAAGUGCCUACACUGGGGAUGGGGCAGCACUUUGAGCCGGUGUCCCUGUACACUGACCCUGCCAGUCUGCCCUUGCUGGAAAACCUCCAACUGUGGGGAAGGUGCAGGCAUUGCCUGCCUGCCGGAGGGUACGUUUGGAUGAUGGCAGCCCUGUGUGCGUGGCAGAAGAGGACAUUGUCAUCGCUGUCUUGGAGCGGUGGAGAGGAGCCAGGAACAUGCCCCCAGCCGGGAUGGGGACCUGCCUCCCCAGAACUGAGCAGUCUCCCCCACCCACAGUAUCAUCAGGAUGCUGCAGUGGCCUGUGCCAAGCUCCAGCUUGGUACCACUCCUUGCCACACCGCCCAUGGGACAGAGGGAAGGAGGCAGGAAGGACAGACAGACAAAGCAUGCCAGAGUCCCAGGCAGUGCUCCAGGGCAGCACGUGACAGCACAGCUUGGGUACGGGUGUUAACAUCCCACUGCCAGGAAACCCCCGGCCCCAUUCCGUUGCUCCUGCAGGGCACUGGGCACAAUCCCUCGCCCCAUCCACAUCCCGGCUCAGGACUCCACACUGUGUUGGGGCUGGGUCCAGUGUAGAGGCCUGGCCCAGCUCCAGCAGCACCAUAGCACUGGGGUACCCCGUUUGGGAUGCAGAUCCCCAUCAUUCGCCUUCUGCAACCCCCCUGGGCAUCGAGGAAGGCAAGUGAGAAGCCUCCUGGCCUCUUUGCAGUGUGCUGAGCUGGCUGCAGGCUGGGUUUUUAGCUGGGGCUGGCGCCGCCAACCUGGAACAAGCCUGCCGUUGUGUUGGCGUCCUGUGGGCGGCCAUGCUGCCAGGUGGCAGCUGCGUAAGCGCCGCGGCUGCUGCAGGAACUGCCUGGUCUGCAGGGGCAGGGGCUUGGAAAGAGUGCGUGUGUUAGCAGAUGACUUCAGGGUGCUGCAAAUAAAAUUACAGCCAUCU